AUGUCUGCCAUGGAUUCCUUCUUAUUCCACCUACUAUUUUACCUUACAGUUUUCUGGCUUUUACCUCUACCUGGCAAUUCAGCUGACCCUGAUCCAUUACAGGACUUCUGUGUAGCAGAUCUGAGUACCUCUAUAUCUGUUAAUGGUUUUCCUUGCAAACCAGCAUCUGAAGUAACUUCAGAUGAUUUUUUCUUUGAUGGUUUCACCAAAGAAGGUAACACGACAAAUAUCUUCGCGUCCUCCCCCACACCUGCAAAUGUCCUCACAUUCCCAGGACUGAAUACUCUUGGAAUUGCGAUGAACCGGGUGGACUUUGCCCCUGGUGGGCUCAACCCUCCUCAUUUGCACCCUCGUGCAAGCGAGACUGGUGUGGUCAUUGAAGGAAAGCUCCUCGUUGGUUUUGUGACAAGUAACAACGUGUUUUACUCCAAGGUCUUGACUGCUGGGCAGAUGUUUGUUAUUCCUCGGGGACUUGUUCACUUCCAACUUAACGUUGGAGAAGGAAAGGCGCUUGCUUUCGCGGCUUUCAACAGCCAUUUGCCUGGUGCCGUGGUCGUUCCCAUAAAUCUCUUUGCUUCUUUGAUUCCAAAUGAAGUGUUGACCAAGACCUUCCAAGUUGAUGCUGAAGUUAUCAAUACCAUAAGAUCCAAGUUCAGGUCGUAA